AUGCUACCCCUAUCCAUGCAGCUCGUCAUCUCACUGACUGCUCUGUCUCAUCACGCACUCGCUGCGUUUCCCGAUUGUGUCAAUGGACCACUCGCUUCGAACCUGGUGUGCAAUACCAGCGCUCCCUACCUUGACAGGGCGAAAGCUCUUGUCGCCGAGUUAACUUUAGAGGAGCUCGUUAACAACACAGUCAAUAUGUCUCCUGGAGUCGAGCGUCUGGGCUUGCCCCCUUAUAAUUGGUGGAGUGAGGCUUUGCACGGUGUAGCGAAUAGCCCAGGAUCCCAUUUCGCCCCUGCUGGGGAAGAGUUCAGCUUUGCGACUUCUUUUCCUCAACCGAUCCUGAUGAGUGCGGCCUUCGAUGACCCCCUCAUACAUUCCAUCGCAGAAGUCAUCAGUACUGAAGCUCGUGCCUUCGGCAACGCUGGCUGGGCCGGGCUUGACUUCUUCACCCCAAACAUCAACCCAUUCAAAGAUCCACGCUGGGGCCGUGGACAGGAGACACCUGGAGAAGAUCCUUUCCAUAUUGCGCAGUAUGUCUACCAGCUGGUCCCCGCGCUGCAAGGCGGGUUCGACCCGGAGCCUUAUUACAAGGUCAUUGCCGACUGCAAGCACUUUGCAGCAUACGACCUCGAGAACUGGCACGGAAAUGAUCGCAAGGGCUUCAACGCCAUUGUCUCGACUCAGGAUCUCUCCGAAUAUUACACUCCCUCAUUCCAGAGCUGUGUGCGAGAUGCCAAGGUUGCGUCCAUCAUGUGCAGCUACAAUGCCGUGAACGGCGUGCCGUCCUGUGCUAGCUCAUACCUUCUCCAAGACGUCAUCCGGGAUUAUUUCGGGUUUGGAGAGGACAAGUGGGUCACCGGGGACUGUGCGGCUGUGGAGAGUAUCUUCGAUUUUCAUCACUACACGACGACUUUGGUCAAUGCUUCUGCCGUCGCACUACACGCUGGAACGGAUGUGGACUGCGGAGAUUCGUUCUCUACUUCGCUUGUUCAAGCUGUCAAUGAAUCACUUGUUACUGAAGCGGACAUUCAGAAAGCUCUCGUGCGCCUCUACGGAUCACUCGUGAGACUCGGAUAUUUCGAUCCUGCCGAGACUCAACCGUACCGCCAAUUGAGCUGGCAAGAUGUCAAUACACCCAACGCUCAAAGUCUCGCUCAUCUCAUCGCUACUGAGGGCCUUGUCCUCCUCAAGAAUGAUGGCAUCCUACCACUUUCCAAGCGUAUAAAGAAUAUUGCGCUUAUCGGACCUUGGGCGAACGCAACGACGCAGAUGCAAGGCAACUACGCAGGUGUUGCGCCAUUCCUCAUCAGUCCUCUCCAGGCGCUUCAAACCGCCGGGUACAAUGUCACUUUUCAAAUUGGCACUGCAGUGUCGACUAGCGAUACCAGCGGUUUUAGCGCCGCUCUCGCCACAGUUUCAGAUGCAGAGGUAGUCGUUUACGUUGGAGGAAUAGAUAAUUCGAUUGAGGCCGAGGAAAAUGAUCGCACUUCCAUCGUCUGGCCGGGAAACCAGCUGGAUUUGAUCAGUCAGCUCGCGAGCCUUGAGAAGCCGGUCGUCGUAGUUCAAAUGGGUGGUGGCCAAGUUGACGACUCAGAAUUAAAAGCCAAUAGCUCGAUUAACGCUCUCAUCUGGGCCGGAUAUCCUGGACAGAGCGGUGGUACCGCACUCGUAGACAUCCUCACUGGCACCAAAGCACCUGCGGGACGUCUUCCAGUCACCCAAUACCCCGCCGCCUACGUAGAUCAGAUCCCCAUGACUGACAUGGCCUUGCGACCUAACUCGUCUUCCGAUACCCCAGGCCGCACUUACAAGUGGUACACUGGCACGCCCAUUUUCGAAUUUGGAUUCGGUCUUCAUUACACGAAUUUCGCACUUGCAUGGGUGAAGGGGAGCCCAAAGCCGUCUUAUCAUAUCCAGGAUCUUGUCGCGUCCGCUAAAAAAUCUGGUGCGCCGUAUGUUGAUCUCGCUCUCCUCGACACGUUUCAGGUGGAUGUGAAGAACACGGGCAAGACUACAUCCGACUACGUCGUACUCUUGUUCACCAACACCACCGCCGGGCCAUCGCCUGCUCCGUUGAAGGAGCUCGUGUCUUAUGCCCGCUUAAAGAACAUCUCUCCUGGGCACACAUCCACCGCGACACUGACCGUUACCCUCGGUACGAUCGCGCGAGUGGACGAAGACGGGAAUCGCGUUCUCUAUCCAGGCACUUACAAUUUUUGGCUCGACACAACGGGGGAGAUCAAGUAUAGUUUUCAGUUGACUGGAAAGAGCGCGCAGAUUGCGAAUUGGCCUCAGCCCAGAUGA